CAAGGACCAACUACAAGAGGCGAUAACUACACGCUUGAGAAUAUGGCGUUUCCAAUUGCACUCCCCCAAUUCGCCCUGGCGUCAACCAUGUGCCUUUCUCUGUCAGGAACCUAUAUGGCCCUCUCUCCUCCCCUGCAGGCCAAACCCGUCACAAAGUCGGCACCCUCAACCGGCGACUCGAUGCGAUGGCUGCGUCUUACAGAAAAGCACAGCACCAAGGUCAUCCUGGCCCCGUUAGCUGUGUUGGGGUUGCAUACCUCAAGUUUGGUAUUAUUGUAUCACAAGUCGCGACCAGAGACCAUCCUCCCAUACAUUUUCAACGGACUUGAUACGGAUCUCAUAACGUGGUCAAAAGCAACCUCGAUACCGCUGGCCCUCAUCCUCUGUGCUGGAAUCCCUCUACGCAUCGCAUCUUAUGCUUCGCUGGGUCACAAUUUCACGUUUGCCCUGACCGAGCCGGAUCAACUAAAGACAACUGGAAUCUACCAUUAUCUGCAGCAUCCGGGCUACACUGGAAUCGCAGUUCUAGCCGUGUGCAACGUGUUGUUGCUGGGGAGGACAGAUGGUAUCCUUAGUUGCUGGAUCCCAAGUGUCGUGAGUCGUUUGAUGUGGGGGUUAGUUCCUGCUGGACUGUCAGUGAUUAUGUUUGGCAUCUGGACAAGGGUGAAAGAGGAAGAAAGGAUGCUUCAGGCCACGUUUGGCCAAGAAUGGGAGCAAUGGCAUCAAAGAACGGCGCGGUUCAUUCCUUGGGUUUUGUAAUCUCGCAGCAUUUUUGCAACUUUUCACUUUGCC